UUUGAGCGCCACGGGACUGGAGUCUCCAACGGAGGAAAACCAGAACUCCCGGGACACCGAAAUAUCAGACAUCGGACAGACAUGGCUCUGUACUGUCGCGCGGUUUCUCUUCACCAAGCGCCUUCCUCCGCCGCUCCGCCCCCGGCCCCACCUCUGAUCCCGAAGCAGAGACCUCCUCUUCUCUUCAAGCUCUCGUCUCCCGCCCCGCCGUCGCCGAGCUCCCUCUCUCCUUCCUCUUUCAAAACACUCGCCCAGGCCGAGAAACCCGACGGCGGCGGCGAGGUCGCGGAAGAGGACCCACCUGCCCUUUCCUCUGGAUCACCCUCUUCUGCUCGUUCACAACUGGAUCUUCUGGAGCAACUAACUGCUUCUAGUUCGAGCACAACAGUGAACGGCUACAUGAGUGACAGUAUAAUCGGCAAACUCACCAUCCGCGAUCAACUUGCGCAAUUGGUUGGGGACAGACGAGGAGAUUUCAGUGUUCCCUUGGGUAAGAAGAGCUUAAAGAAGAUGAGCGAAAAGUUCUUAACCAUCUCGCAGAAGAGAAACAUCAAGAGACAAGCUUACCUGGAUGAAGUGUCUCAGAGGAACGAUUCGGUUUUUUUCGCCACUAUCGGAGCGUUUGUAAUUCUUCCGCCUAUCGUAAUUCUAGGGAUAGCAAUAAUAACUGGUUAUGUACAGCUUUUUCCGUGAGAAUUAUAAUAUAUCUCAUACACAGCUUAUGGCACCCUACUCAACAUGAGGCUGUUGUUACUUUCAGUUAUUUACCGCGUCUACAUGUUACGUGUAUUGAGAUUAGUAGGGUUACCGUGCAUGCCGACUUCUCCUGGAGAUGCGGUUUAGCUUGAUUCCAAAACCAGCUAAGCUUGUUGCAAGAAAUUUGGCAUGAAGAAAUAGAGUUCUUGAGGAUCCGUAA